AUGGACCGCGCUGCAGCAUCGAGACAAAAGAGCUGCAACGCCUGCGUCAGAGGAAAGCGCAAGUGCGACAAGAAGAUUCCCCGGUGCACACGCUGCGCUGCCAAGGGCUUGGACUGCGUUUAUCAGAGGUUGCCACCGGGGGCGAGCUUUCACGACGAGGAUAUCGGAGGCGGAGCGACAGCAGCCAGCAACCUGUCGAACGAGGUGCCCGAUUUUGAUAUGGGCUUUGAUAUCAACAACCUAGGAACAUCAAGUGCAAGCGCAAGCACUGCGACGACGACACCUGAAAGCCUGGGCACAAACGUUUCUUCCAUCCAGCUCGACUCUCCCCUCGACUUUUCCAUCAUCGACCACCUCAUGGCCAACGACUCGACUGCCGGUUCCGAGCUGUGGAACCUCGGCGACUAUGGCAGCAGCAAGAUGGACAUCCCACCGGUGCCAGCGCCGGCGCCCCUCGUGUUGAGGGACAUGUCGAUGCUGGAGCAGGCGCAGCACUGCAUGACAGACUUUAACCCCCUCGACGUGCACGAUAAACGCACCCGGAUAGGCUUUGUGGUUGACGCAGUGAGCCAUCUUUACAAAGACUUUGCUCGCACGCGCACGCUGCCGUUUAUCCACCCACGACUCUACGGGUCAAGCCUCCCGCGGACCAUGAUAGCGGCCUUUUCAGCAGCGUCGGCAUACGCAGCACGCACGCCCGAGAACAAGGCGUGGGUGUACAAGCUCGUGACGGACGUGGCCAAGGACAUCCAUCUCGAGGGCGAGCGGGCGUCGACGCCCCUGGAGAAGCUGGCCCGGGUGCAGGCUCUGGUGGUGCUCGACUCGAUCCGCAUGUUUGACGGCGACAUUACGCUGAGGGCGGCGAGCGAGCGAGAAGCGCCGCAGGCCCUGGCUUGGCUGGGCGCGCUGGAGGAGUUGAGGGCUGAGCUUGAGGGCAAGGAUGAUUCGAUUUCUUCCUAUUCUAGGGAAAAGCCGCCGCCGUCUUGGGAGGGCUGGAUGCUUCUCGAAAGUAUACGCCGAAGCCUGAUGAUGGGCUACUCUUACUUGUGCGUGACAUAUAUCUUGAAGUCUCAAGAACCACCGUACAGAAUCUUCGAGUCCCCCUUUGCCUUUACAGCAUCCAAGUACCUCUGGGAAGCCGACUCGUCAAUGAACUUUUUCCGGGCAUGGCAGACCAAGCCGCAGUUCCGCGUGGCAAACAUGGACUUUGGAGAAGUGUGGCUGCAUGCGCAGCCGGGAGACGUGGAUGACUUUACGAGGCUGAUGCUGACUGCGCAAAUGGGACCAGACGCCAUAGAUAACUUUAUGCAUGGCAACAUUUCAAACAUUUCUGUGGCUGUUUGA